GCGCCAUGGCUACCGUAACCAUAGGCAAAUCCUAUUUCGAGGCGCUUCUACGAAGGGCCGAAUUUGCUAGUCGACUUCCAAUCUUCCCCUGCAUCUAUCGGUACGGCACUGACCUCUCAAACACUGUCACCAUCACCAAGGCAGAGCACGAGCACAUAGUGCGAGCGCUGCGAGAAUACCAUCUACUCAAAAAUGCCUUGUUUCGCCGAGGGCUAACAGCCGAGACGCUCGAGACACUGCUCCAAGAUGAAGGCGGCACUACAAACGAAGAGCCGUCGAGCCAUGGCUAUGAGUCGGACCAUACGCCUGUCAGAGCCCGGCCUGGAGCCAUGGCAGGACAUGCACAUGAUCAGAGUACUUUUGGGAACGGCACACAAUCGACAAUGUCUCCACGUCCACACCACCGAGCAUAUCGGGAGCCUGAGCCUUUCAUAUGCAGUCCUGGGAGUCCACCCGACGACGAUGACGAUGACGAGACCCACUCUCCCAGCCAGCGUAUCCCGCUUCACACCCAGCGGACCGUACUGAUUACAAAUUUACCCGAGCGCACCACUCACAAAGACCUGGCAAGCAUUGUCCGCGGCGGAAGGCUCCUUGACAUAUUUCUCCGCAACGAUCGUACUGCUACCGUCUCAUUCGUUGAGGGUGCUGCCGAGUUCCUUGCAUACACCAAGCGCAAUGAUAUCUAUCUGCAUAUGAAACGGCUCGAGUUCCGCUGGAGCGACAGACAGUUCCACGUACCGUCGCACGUGUCCAACAAGAUCGCCAACGGUGCAACUCGGAACCUCGUUGUACGGAACGUUGCGGGAAAGGUCACUGCAGACCAGAUCCGAGACCAUCUAGACCAUAUCCACAACCUGGUGGUGGUUGACAUCUACUUCAAGAACGGCGAUGCCUACAUAUCGACCAAUUCCGUGCACAACGCGCUCUUUGCCAGGACCUGCAUGAUGUCGCGUACCGUGUACAAGGGCGCGCGCAUCGAAUACUACCCUGACGAAUGCGCAGAGCCACUACCCCGGCCCGUGAAAUCCUACGCUCACACUCCAAGUGUUGCGCCAAAACCAGCACCUUUGGUCAACCAGUACGCUCUCUUGGAUGCUGGGCUCGAUGAGGAUUCUGGGUCGGAAGACGAAUUCUACAAAAUCCAUGGCGUACAGGUCGAUGGACGCCAUUUCGCCGACGGUGUAGCAAUAUAGUCGACGAAACAAAGUUUUGCCGGGGCCAGCUCGACGCGCCUUCUGAUGCCGUAAGAAACGGUACCUUUUACCCAGCAAGGAUGGGGUCCGACCAAUUCACAGAUUGUUUCACCAACUCUUCAUUACUAUACACCCAGAGUAGCCGGGACGGUGUAUAGUCUCCAGGUAUACUUGGGCCUGGCAGCCCGUGUGCCCGUCUUGGGCAGUUUCUCUUCCUACAUAGAUACCCCUUUGUUACUGUAGCUUUUUCAGAAGAGGCUUAUCCUGAUU